CUCCCAUCUCCUGCAGGCCAUGGACUCAGCACUUGUGCUCCUCCUGGCUGUGCUGGCCGUCCUGCCCAAGCUGACCCACGAUCGCCCGAGCGAUGCAGUCGCUCUGGAGCGGAUGAAGAGACGGCAGAUGUUUCUCGAGGAGAAGAUGAGCGAGCUGUGGGAGGAAAUGGAGUGGAGGAGGGCCCUGGAAAAAGUUCCACUCCUGUGGAUCUUGCAGCACUGGCUCUUCUGGGUGGCUGCAGCGGCUGUGCUCUGCUGGCUGGCCUGGCGCCGUCAGCGGGACAACUGGCGAGGAGAGGAGGAAGAAGAGCUGGGCGCAGCAGCCGGGGCCGUCAGGCCUUUCCCAGAGCUCAGCCGGUCACCGCUGCAGGAACUGCCCUACAUGGGCCGCACCCUGAAGAAGCUGGUGCGGGACCUGCUGGAGGUGUGCCAGGUGCUCUCCCAGAACACCUUCAUGCCAGAGCUGCACCCGGCCACCCAGAAGCAGGGCACCAUGGAGUCCUGGAGUGACCUGGGGCACCAGGUCAUCUACCAGCUGGUCGUCUUCCUGAGGCCACCCCCCAGGCACUCUUUCCAGCUGCAGCCGCCCGCCGGCAAGAAUGUGCCAGAGAGGUGCUCCAACAUCCGGGUGGUGCUGGAGUGCUCGUGCUCCAGCACGACGGGGGAGACGUCGUGCUUUGUCCACCCCACGCACGACGCUCAGCCCUCGCGCCUGCUCCGCACCCUCUGCACAGACUCCCACUUGGAGGUGGAGAAAGUCGCCGGCUGGGUGCAGGACUUGGUGGAAGCAGCCUGGGAGCGUUUGCCCCAGUGGCAUGACUGGAAGCUCCAGCUGCUGCCCUCCUCCCGCUCCUGCAGGCUCCUGCUGACCGGCCCCUGCGAGGUGCAGCUCUGCGCUGAGCUGCUCUUGGCGCUGCGGCAGGGCCGGCCAGGCAACUUCCUGGUGCUGGAAUAGGCACCUGCAGCUCUCCCACCUGCUGCUUUAGUCUGGGCUAGAGUUAGAGUAGGAUAGGGUAGGAUAGAGUAGGAUAGAAGUAGAGUAGGAUAGAUUAAGAAUGGGGUUCGAUUUUCCAAGGGCGGGUUUAGGCUGGGGUAGAGUUAGGCUAAGAUAGGUAGGAUAGGCCUCCCUCUUCUGCAUCUACUCCACAUGGGGUUGUAUUUUGCUCCCUUUCUGCUUCCAACUUGAAAAUAAAGAGAAAGGUUGAGCAGA